CACAACAUGCUGUCUCUUUGAUUUUAAAGUUUAAAACUAAAAUGUUGUUUUGUGUAAAGAAAUGUAGACUAUAAUGAUACUGCAGCUAUGGUUCAUAUUUUUUUUCCAUUUUUCAAAUGAGGCUGAAGCAAUUUUGUGACAUAUUUGUGAAAAAAAAGCUUCUAAGCUUCAUCAACAGCACAUCAGCAGUCAUUUGGAGUCGUGUUUGUGUCCACCUGAUGAAGAGCCAGUGUUUGGUUUGUCCGUUCUGGGCUACUGCAGAAACAUGGCGGUACAACAUGGCGACCUCCGUGGAAGGGGAACCGCUCCCUCUGUAUUUAUAAACGGCUCAUUCUAAGACGCUAUUGAGAAACUGAUUGAGUUUCUCGAGUUGCACCAAACUGAAAUUCAAUGGCGCGUCUCUCACAAAUCUGUAUCGACUUUGCUGAAAAUCAAAAGUAACACCUUGUGUCAGCGGCCAGGACGCCAAACAGUAAGUGUGCCACUGCUGUUUUAUUGAACACAACAGGCUGCAAUAUCACAUCAACACCCAUUUGCCCCCCGUGGAGUCAACAGCAUGCUCAUGUCUGACAGUGAGCGACGCCCCUGUCACCCUGCUCUCAUCAGCACCACCAUCAUAUCCCACCACGGAGCUGCGUCAAGUCAGACAUACACAGGCUGAACAAACAGGAAGUUUAAUAAUAUUCCUUAUAGCUUAAAAGACGUAGCAAAACAAUGGCAUGGUAUUUGAGUGGUUUCAGCUGCCACUCUUUUAAAUUCUUUGUUUUAGGGCUGCAAAUAAGAAUUAUUUCCAUUUCAAUUAAUCUAUUGAUUAUUUUUCAUUUGACCUGAUAUAUCACUUGUCAUUUUGCCUGUCAUUGUUUGCCAAAGCCUUAAGAGACAUAUUCAAAUUGGUCAUUUUGUACAACCAAUAUGCCCAAAACCCAAAUAUUCAGUUUACAAUGACAUUAAACAUACAAAGGCAACAAAUCCUCACAUUUCAGAAUAUGGAUCCAGGAAAUGUUUUUUUAUUUUUAAUAUUUUUGAUAAAAAUAUAUGUCAAUUUCCUUUUAAUUGACUAAUCACCAUUUCGGCACUACUUUGAUUUGCUACUUAAUGACAGCAAGUGAACCGCUGGCAAACAGCUAAACAUACAUGAACAGUAUGAACAAUAUAUAAAGUUUCAGAAUUAAGUGGUUAAUUAUGUGUUACAUUUCAGUUAGAUUGUCAAGAUGCAUUGUCUUCUUAGAAUUCACAUUAUGCUGUAAAUCCUAUAAGAAUGAAAAAAUAUCGAGCAGGAGCCUAAUUAACAUGCGUUUAUUUUGAAAGCAACAUCCGGAAGCCCUGUUCCGCACUCUACCUAACUUGACUCUCGUCCAGCCUUGCAGGCUUCUCACCCUCAGUAUGACUAGUGACGCAGAGCAGAUGGAAAAUACUGGGGCUUGAAGGGAAGGACAGGGAGAGCGGCGGUGAUGCAGGAAGGACUGUAGCUUUCAUUUCACAGGUUCAAGCCCGAUGCACGGCCUGAUGCCUGCACAGAGGUCAUGAGAGUCACCUAUACUUAUCUUUCCUGUGAGAGAUAAUAAUAAUAAGGCAUCUUCACCUCAUCCUUGGGGCGGAUCAGUGUUGGAUACACUCCCAGGUAACAUUGAUCUCUGUUUCUGCAAAUGGAAAAGUAGCCUAGUCAUUCCAUUUUCUUACUGAGCACCAAGUUGUUAAGUCGCAUCCAGUUGGAGGAUUUUUGGACACCUCUUUCCGUCAUUUUACUAAGUCUCCAUCAUGAACUACCUGCGUCGACGACUCUCGGACAGCAAUUUUAUGUCCAACCUGCCCAAUGGCUACAUGACCGAUCUCCAACGCCCCGAUCCGCCGCAGCAAAGCCCCGCAGUGUCGCCAGGGCCGUCGGAGAGGCGCCAGUCCACCAGCCAGCAGCAGCCUGUAGGUGGAGGCUCCGGCUUCUUCUCAUCCAUAUCCAAUGCUGUCAAACAGACCACAGCUGCUGCGGCUGCGACCUUAUCCGAGGCAGCGGACCGGGCAGGAGUCUCCAGCAGUGCCAAGAUCCUCCUGGUUAUCGACGACCAGCAGACCGACUGGGUAAAGGUCUUCAGAGGAAGAAAGGUCCACGGUGAAUUUGACAUCAAAGUAGAACAGGCAGAGUUUUCUGAAAUCAACCUGGUGGCCAAUUCCACAGGCACCUACAAUGUGGACAUUGAUGCGAUCAGAAAUGGGCACAAGGUUACUAAAUCCUUUAAGCCAGACUUUGUGCUGAUCAGACAGCAUGCCUUCAGCAUGGACAAGAAUGGAGACCACCGGAACAUGGUGAUUGGACUGCAGUAUGCUGGACUGCCAAGUGUUAACUCUUUGCACUCUGUCUACAAUUUCUGUGACAAACCAUGGGUGUUUGCUCAGAUGUCUAGACUCUAUAAGCAACUGGGCCCAGAGGAGUUUCCACUGAUAGAGCAGGUUUACUAUCCAAACCACAAGGAAAUGAUUACCUCUCCUCGGUUCCCUGUAGUGGUAAAAAUGGGUCAUGCUCACUCAGGAAUGGGAAAGGUGAAAGUGGACAGUCAAUAUGAUUUUCAAGAUAUUGCCAGUGUUGUGGCACUGACCAAGACUUAUGCCACAUCUGAGCCCUUCAUUGAUGCAAAGUAUGAUGUCCGCAUCCAGAAGAUCGGUGACAAUUACAAAGCUUACAUGAGAACUUCAAUUUCUGGCAACUGGAAAACCAACACUGGCUCAUCUAUGCUUGAGCAGGUGGCCAUGUCAGACAAGUACAGACUGUGGGUGGACUCUUGUGCUGACAUCUUUGGGGGGUUGGAUAUCUGUGCUGUGGAAGCUCUGCAUGGUAAAGAUGGCAAGGACUACAUUAUAGAGGUUGAUGACUGUUCGAUGCCACUGAUUGGGGACCAACAGGAAGAGGAUCGCGUUCAGAUUGCAGAGCUGGUGGUUUCUAAGAUGAACCAGGCUGUUCCACGCACUUCAAGCCCUUCCACAAUCCGUGCCACAGCAGGACAGCCAGCACAGAAAGUAGUGUCUCCUCAGCCUGUCUCACUGCCCAGAGUACCACAAGCUCAACAGCGCCCUUCACCUCAGGGUGGUCCUCAGCAAAGUCCCCCAUCUCAGCAGCGCCCACAGCCUCAAGGCCAACCUCCUGCACAGGCCCAGCAGUCUGUUACCAGCCCUGCUACUGGUGACCCCAGUGCCCAGGCUAAGGCUAACCAAGGACCUGCAGCCCAGCCACGGCCACCAGGUCAGGGAGCUCCUCAAGGCCAGAGAGCUCCUUCUGGUCAGGGCUCUCCUCAGCGAAGCCAGGGAGGUUCACCUCAAGCUCAGAGGCAACAGUCUGUCUCCCAGCAGCAGCAGAAACCGUCUGCAGGGGGCCCUGGCCCGAAACCUCCAGCAGGCCAACCCCAGCAGCAGAGGCCUGCCCAGCCCCCUAGGCAACAGUCACAGGGGGGACCACAGCAACAGAGGGCUCCUGGCCAGCAAAGUCGUCCAGGAGCAGCCACCACCCAGCAGCCCCGACCUGCUGCUCAAGGCCAUGGGGGCCCAGGAGGACGACCCCCGCUGCAGCAAAAGCCUCAGCCGCCACACAAGCCCAGUCAGGACAACCCGGCUAUGGGCGGCUCUCCACAACUAAACAAGUCCCAGUCUCUUACCAAUACCUUCAACAUUCCAGAAACCCCAGCGCCACGAGCCAGCCUUAGCCAGGAUGAGGUGAAGGCUGAAACCAUACGCAAUCUACGCAAAUCUUUUGCCAGUCUCUUCUCAGACUGAGAUGGCAUAAGCCCCCCUCCCCUCCUCCUACUGACAGAAAGAUGGACAGGCAAACUGAAGGGCAGAUUCCCCCAACGAACAAGGACCAACAAGAUGCCAAGAUCUCCAAUUCAUGAAAUGAAAAUGUACAAACUUGACACCCACUGCCUAAAUAGUUAAAAUCUUUUAAAAUGAACAAAAAGUAGAAUACACAGUAAAUUUAGGCACUGAUGACUGAAACAUUCCUUGCCUCGUCUCAAGCUUAAGUAAGUCAUCUACUCAUCAUGUCACACAAAACAACACCACACAAAAGCCUGUAUUUGCAUGAACACACGUAUAUAAAAAUAAGAAACAAAAGAACACAACACUGCUCCCACUUGUUUGUUGGUGCCGUAAAUUCAUUGUGAUCUCUAUGUUCGAAUUUUGGUUGGUUUGACGACCAACCAAAUGAAUUAAGGGACUGUACGAAAAUGAUUGGGGUGUGGAGGAGUGCUGAAUCGUAUAUUUUAUUUUAUAAAAAGCCCCCGUGUUAUUCAACACCUGAAAAUAAUAUAUUUAUGGUAAACAUAACAAAAUAGCAAAAAUACAGCCACUCUAUUUUUGAAUAAAGAGCUGCUUAAUAAACUGUUAUUAUAGCCACAAAAUGGAGCAAGCGACAGCUCUGUGCUGAAGGGUUUGUGCACUGCAAUAUUUUCACCCCACUCCUUAUCCUCUGCAUAUGGCAAAAUGCACCUCCAUGACACACAUAAAAAAACAUCUUUUUGAUUUAACUGUUCGAUCUCUUUUAUGUAAUUUCACAAAUAUAAAAUAUGAAAUAAAAUAGAAAUGUGGGGUCAGAAAAAAAUAAGACCCUGCCUUUAGCAAAAAUAAAAAAUACAAUACCCUCCACCUUUUCUGACCAACUCCGCCCCUAAUCAUUUUUGUACAGUCCCUUACUCAGCACAGCUGCGCUCAUAGGAUGUCCAGUGUUAGCUAAUGCUAGAUCUGUUCGAGCUGUUGACCGCUCAUGGUGAUGUCUUAGCUGCAUGUCAACAGGAGGCAAUGGUUGCAUUUUCCAACCCCUGACAUUGGCGCUUGUAACUGUGUUGUCACAUGUAGUUGAAUUAGUUAGUAAAGUAACCUAGUAGGUGUUGUGAGUAUGUUGUUGCUGCCACUUUUCUUCCCGUUUUUUGUCGCACAAGAACAAAAGCCCGAAAGCUCUCCACCUUGAAAGCAUGCCUUACGCAGACAAGAACGUCAGAUCAAAUGGAGUUGUCUCAGGGAUGUCCAAUUGAUUGUGACACUUGUAUGUGGGUGAGGGUCUUCCAUUACAGUUUUAUUGUGGUUGUUUUCCAAUAAUGAAGGAAAAGCAUGCAUUUAAAUGAGGUAGAAUGUUUCUAUUAUUUCUGAUGCAUUUGCACACAGAGUAUACUGCAAAAAAUAUACUUGAAUACAGUGACACUGACUGAUGUAUGAAGUCUAUAUUUUCAGGUUUAUUCCUCUGCCACUUGACAAAGCAACAACUUGAUGUUCUGAUUCUGGGGUGCUGCUGUGUCUGUGACAGGUGCGGUAUAGUAAGAUACAGCAUAGGCAGGGUUGGCAACUGUCCAGGCACAGUUAAUGAAAAAUUAGGUUCUUUACAGACAGUGUCAUUUCAUAUUCCCUUGAUUUCAAAGCAAUGCAAUGUAAAAACUUCUGACUGUAAACCAGCUACGAAUUUAGUGGAUGUACUGUAAGUUAGUUGAUUAUGUCAGGUUGAUUUUAGGGUUUAGCAGUUAGUCAGUGCAUUGUGAUUUUGCACUUAAGUAACGUCAACCCUGAGUCUGUAUCAUACAGUGCAGCAGAGUUUCUGCUUCCAUAUAUGCCUCCCAGUUUUCAACGGGUUCAUAGUCUGUAAGAAGAGGCUAUACAAUAAUGAAAGGAAAUAAUGUAAAGGUACAGGAAUGUCAACUGUGGGAUGCAUCUCUGCAUUAGAUUGAACACUUCCUGCUACCCCUUCUUCGCACUGUCAACCCUUUCUUUGAUCACUACUCUGAAAAUCUGAGCUGUUACUAAAAAACUAUUCUGUUUCCAGGCACUUAAAAUGUCUUCCAGAAGGAGUGCUUUCCAUUCGAAUGUCGAUGUAGUAUGGCAAUAUCAUGCUUUUUAGAGAAGACCCAAUAGCCAAAAGUAUAAAGGAGUCCUGGUUCCCCUGCAGAUUCUCCAUGCUGCCUGUGUUUAUCAGUCUAUUUGUGUAGCCACAGUGACCCCUUGUGCUCAAUGGUGCAUAAAUGUCUGAAUGUUUUUCUGUAACUGGUCAAACCAAAUAGAUGUGUUGUACAGAGCUCUGAGUGAUGCAGAUCGUCACCUUUAUCCCCUGCUGCUAUUUGUGCUUGUUGAUAUUAUGUGUCUCUAAACGUUUGAGUUUUUAUUUUUUAAAUUUUUUAUUUUUUGUUUAAAUUAUUUUGUACAUGCUUCAAUUUUUUCUAUGAGGCAAGAUUAUCUGGGGCUUGUACAAGUUUAUGCAUUAGUGAUUCAGGGGCUUCAUUUUUAAAUCUUACAGUGACUCAGUGUCAGUACAUGAGGAGUCAGAUUUAUCAUGGCACAGCCUACUACCAAGAGAAUAAGUAAGAGCAGCCUUGUGUAAUUGUUACACUGAGUGUGUAAUUUAUGAAAAUGAGCCAUCAUAAUUAGCAUGGAUGGUUAACUUUGAAAAUUGUCAUUCUGUCACUCAGAGGCCUCUUGGCCAUAUUAAGACAUACCAUUUUCCAUGGCACCUCCUGAGACUGCCAGGAUGAGCUGAGACAGAAGUGCAAAGAAGUACUUUUAUGUAUUUAUGUUUUUGAUAUUCACAUUUUUUCUUUUUAAAAGUUUACAUUAUUUAUGGUGGAUAUAUCUGACAGUGAAUGUUCAUUCUUCUCUUUGUUACAACUAGUUUUAUUGUUUUCUAAAUGCAUUGUAUAAUCAGUGUGAAAAGAUUAAAUCCUUACAAAUUUGAGUGGAAAUGAUUGUCAGUCGAUGCCUGCCUGAUUUUAAAAACGUACAUCAUAAAUGUAAGUGCAAGAAUCAAAAAGCUGAGGUUUUUGUCAAUCAAAAAAUAAGAUAUUGCAUAAUGUAAAUCAUGGUGGAUUAUUGAAUUAAAUGUAAAAAAAAGAUUUGAUGUUAUAUGCAAUGUAGCUAUAUUAUGUGAAAAUGAGUAUGUUAUUAAAACAUGCACAUGUCCAAUAAAGUCUAUGACCAACA